AUGGCAAUGGCAGUCUUUAAGGCUCCUCUUAAAGGAGAGUUUCAUGGGGGUAGAAAGAUACAAGGGAAACAGUAUAAGCAUCAUUUGCUUCAGCAACAGUCUUCAGGACGAAGACGUGUUUUCGUGCAGACCGAAACUGGCUGUGUUUUGGGUAUGGAGUUGGAUCGUAGUGAUAAUGUUCAUACUGUUAAGAAAAGGCUUCAGAUUGCAUUUAACUUCCCCACAGAGGAAAGCUCAUUAACAUUUGGUGAUAUGGUGCUUAAGAAUGAUCUGAGUGCUGUGAGGAAUGAUUCUCCGCUUCUCCUAAAGCGUAACUUGAUGCAUAGAAGUUCGUCUACUCCUUGUCUUUCACCUACUGGGAAUGAUAUUCAGAGAAAAGAUCGAAGUGGUCCCAUUGAGAUACUUAGCCACUCGCUCUGUUUUUCGUCUUUGAAGCAAACGGCGAAUGAUAUUGUUAAGGCGAUGAAGAUGGGUGUUGAACCAGUCCCUGUCAGUGGUGGGCUUGGAGGGGCAUACUACUUUAGGAAUGAAAAUGGUCAAAGCGUUGCGAUUGUAAAGCCUACAGAUGAGGAACCUUUUGCUCCUAACAAUCCGAAAGGCUUCAUAGGAAAAGCGCUUGGACAGCCUGGUUUAAAGCCUUCUGUGCGGGUUGGGGAAACCGGGUAUAGAGAAGUUGCGGCGUACCUUCUUGACUAUGGUCACUUUGCUAAUGUACCUCCCACUGCUCUUGUGAAAAUAACACACUCUGUAUUCAAUGUCAACGAUGGAGUAAACGGGAAUAAAUCUCGUGAGAAAAAAAAGCUGGUCAGCAGCAAGAUUGCUUCGUUCCAGAAGUUUGUAGAUCAUGAUUUUGAUGCAAGUGAUCACGGGACUUCAAGCUUCCCAGUUGCUUCUGUGCACCGCAUCGGGAUAUUGGACAUAAGGAUUCUCAACACAGACCGUCAUGGUGGAAACCUUUUGGUGAAGAAACUUGAUGAUGGUGUUGUUGGAAGGUUUGGUCAAGUGGAGCUUAUUCCGAUAGAUCACGGUCUCUGCUUGCCAGAAACACUCGAAGAUCCUUACUUCGAGUGGAUUCAUUGGCCUCAGGCUUCAAUACCUUUCUCUGAAGAAGAACUUGAGUACAUACAGAAUCUUGAUCCAGCGAAAGACUGUGACAUGCUUCAAAGAGAGCUUCCAAUGAUCCGAGAGGCUUGUCUCAGAGUCUUAGUUCUCUGUACUGUUUUCCUUAAAGAAGCUGCUGCUUAUGGACUUUGUCUUGCAGAGAUAGGUGAGAUGAUGACUCGUGAAUUCCGCGCUGGAGAAGAAGAGCCAAGUGAACUAGAAAGGUUGUGUAUCGAAGCGCAGAGAUCAGUGGCUGAACAACACUUUUUAUCUCCCAAGUCAGAUUUAGAAGUAGGGGCAGAGUUUAUGUUUGAUCUCGACUAUAAUGACCUAGGCUCAGUUUAUGGCUCGAAGACACAAACAGAUGAGUCCUUAGCCAAAAACCCAUUCUCAACCGGACGUUCUUCACUCGGAAAGCUUGAUGAAAGCAUUGCGGAAGAAGAAGAAACCGAAGGACAGACAAGAUUUGCUCUUUCUCCAAAGCUUUCAACAUCAAUGAAGAGCAACAACCCGAAACGUCAAAGAGACAACAAAACCGAGAAAACAUUGUCGAGUCACAAGAGCGCGAACGUGCAGCUUCCGGUUAGCCCAAACUUUGUGAAGUUAGCAGACAUGAAAGAAGUCGAAUGGGUUGUGUUCUUGGAGAAGUUUCUAGAGUUGCUUGACUCAGCAUUUGCAGAAUGUAAGACCAUGACGUUGAGGAACAGACAGAGACUUGGUACUUCGUGCCAGUUUUGA